CUUUAUUUUCGUUUUGACCGAUCGUUAUUCUAUUAUAUUCCGUCAUAAACCGGUAACAGAAUUAACAAAGCAGUACUACGGGAGCGCCAUAACCACUACGCUGAAGCUGCAGUCCAAAGCAGAGCGGCUUCACUCAGUAGUUGUAAAGUGAAUUAAGUAGUAUCGUAUAACACAGUCGUCUUUUACUUAGUGGUUGUCCGUGUAUCAGACAAAACACGAGCGUCGGUGAUAUAAAUCGGGUAAAUAUAACACCCCAAGCACAGAUACAUUAUCGUAGUCUGCUCUAGGAACAAUCAAAACUUUAAUGCAAUAGUAUAUCAGAGUAGUAACAACAUCAACGAACCGUACUAUUGGAAUCUGAUAGCGAGUCAAGUAUGGGCAGGAACCCAGCAGAGAGUCAUGCACCGAGUGGGGUCGCAUUCGAGUAACUACAGGAUCAACGGCCGCAAAAAUAAGUAACAAUAACAGAACAACAACUAUUAACGACCUGGGGUGCCUAUUUCCAAGUCGAAUAGACAACUCAACUCAAGGAUCGCGUUGCCUAGGGAACAUCAAGUCAGAGCGAGAUAUCACAAUACCGAAGAACGAAAACAAGAAAAUCAGAUUUCAGACUACCUAGUCUAGUUAAGCGAUUUGUGAUUGCUGGGUCUGUAGGUCGCUUUGUCCUUCAGAACCCGUGUACUCCGUUUGUUGGCGCUCUCGUGGCGGGCUUCCGCAGCUGUGACUGCUUUCCGUUUCAUCGUAAAGGAUUAGUGAAGAUGAACAUAGUUCGCUGGAUGGGCCAUUCUUUAUCUUCUCGUGAAUUAAGUGGCUGUGACCACUGCCGCGUCCGCUGCUGUUAAUCGGCGCCUAAGAACGAGAAUUUCGGUCCCUUGGUUCCGGGCAUAGACGAUUUGACGGACCCCUCUUUCGGUUAGUGGCUCGAAACAGGACGACUACGCUGGGCCGGCUGGAUCGAGCGUGUGAGGCGGCCACCAGCGGACCCACGAAUCGACGGAUGGCCGUUAUUCCCCUGUCCUCACUCACGACAAGGGCCCACAAGCCCUCACCCUUGUGCGCGAGUAAGUUAACUGCGUUGUUAUAGCAACACUCUAGACUGGUCCGCUCCGAUCCAUCGGCGCUGCUGGCCUUCCUCGUACGCUGGUGCAACCAGGAACAAACAUAGUGCAAGCUGCAGAAUACAUAACGAAGCACGACACUGCGCUGGGUAAAACCCAUCGUGUCAUCACAUCAAGAUGAAAGCCUGCCUUCUUUAACAGCAACGCUUUUGGCGUCAGCUGUGUGUUUGUAAACGAUAUUACUGAAGGAAGAUCGGACUCUUGUAGCUCUAGUUGUCGAUAAACCGAUUUUGACGGAACUGUAGCUUCAACUGACGGCUGCUGUAUACGGUGCCCCGCGGAUCUCUAGUCCUGUCCUCGAUGGCGUACCACCUUCUCAGAGGCAAAAUGCCAACCGACACAAUGGACGAUAUCGAAUUGCGCGGAGUAGAGGCCUCUUCGCCCCUUAUGCGUCGCCUUUCGCGAUCAGACUCAUAUGCGCAGGAGGACAAAAUUGGGACCCAGUGGGGCACGAUGUUGGUGGCCGUUCAAGGCGAUCGACAAAAACCCGCUUUGUUCACAUACCACGACAUCGGACUCAAUCACGUGUCUAACUUCCAAGCAUUCUUCAACUACGUCGACGUCAAUAUGAUGAUGAAAAACUUCUGCGUUUAUCACCUGAACGCACCUGGACAAGAGGAGGGCGCCGCUAAUUUCCCUGAUGGUUACGCUUUUCCAACGAUGGAUCAGCUCGCCGAGAUGGUGCUGCCUAUUAUGAAGUUCUACGAUGUCAAGCACUUUGUUGGUUUUGGCGUUGGAGCUGGCGCUUAUAUCUUAGCAAAAUUCGCACUUGACUACCAGGAAUGUAUUGAUGGACUCUUCCUGAUUAACUGCACGGCAAGCAAGAGCUCCUGGACAGAAUGGGGCUACCAAAAGGUUAAUGCCAUGUACCUCAAGUCAUCGGGUAUGACCGCUUCGACCUUGGAAUACCUACUGUGGCAUCAUUUCGGGAAGCUCUCUGAGGAGCGGAAUUACGAUAUGGUGCAGGUGUACCGCAACUACUUCAGCAAAUCCAUCAACGCACAGAAUCUGUCAGCAUUCAUUGACGCAUUUAUUAAGCGUAACGACCUAAAUAUUGUCCGAGAGCUCGACCCGAACAAGAAGAAGGGAACUCGCAACUUUAAGUGCCACGUUAUGCUCGUUGCGGGUGCGCUCUCGCCACACGUUGACGAUACUGUGACGAUGAAUGGGCGUUUGGACCCGUCUAACUCAUCAUGGAUGAAGAUCUCGGACGCCGGCAUGGUGCUCGAGGAACAACCUAGCAAGAUUUCUGAAGCGCUAAGGCUUUUUUUGCAGGGAUUGGGCUAUGCUUUGAACUCUGCCCAGAGACGUACUUCGGCCGCGUCCCUGAAUGAAGCCCUAGCGGAGAGAAGGAGGUCUUCAAUCGCCGCUAAGGAGGCUGCUGCUGCUGCCGCAGCGCCCUGAGCCUAAGUCUCAGUGUGCCAUGAUACAUCUAUAUGGCACCUUUCACCGCCAGAACUGUGUCAUAACUGAGUCCGCCCGUAGAUCUGAAGAAUUGAAUAAAAGAUGUCAAAUCGAACAGAAGUUAUCAGCUCCAUCGACACCACCUGGUGUAGCCUAUUUUGGCCGCUGAAUUAUUCUUUAAGAUGUGAAAACCACGGAUCAGGCGCCAUUGAUCUAAGGCAAAGUCACAGCACCCAAUAAACUUCUCUUUCUCUAAAGCAUUUCAAGACGUCUAAAAGGGGCACCAAAGACUGUCGCGGAGCUUUUCCGUCCGUUCCAAUGAUCGAUUUUACCAAUAUCUCAUUAACGAGCCAGAGUCCGCUCAAACACCAAGGAAAGUUCAGUUCAAAGAUGUUUCAAUGAACAGGUCUACAUAAAGGUUUAAGAACCAGAUAAAUUUACAGAAGUUGGAAACAAACAGGAGACCUUUUUUGUCUCGUAUUCGGCACAUGCAUGUGUCCUAACUCUAUAAUGGUGUGCUAUUAUUAAUUUAGUUAGAGGCGAUACGUAUAUUAAACAAUUGCCUCAUUCAGCUAUUCAUCUGGUCGCAUCGGAUAGCCAUAAACAGCUACUGAGUGGAGUUUUGUCUAUACUUAACAACAGCGUUAGAGAAAAUCUUAUAUUGCCUCCUACUACCGCUUUCUAGUAUCCAGUGAACACUAAGCCGGCAUAAAGUACGUAAUAAGAAAUCGGAUUCUUGGUUGUUUUAUGCCGACCAUGACGUGUUGCCGAUGGCGAGCCGAUAGUUCAUAUAUUCUGAGAUCUAGUUAUACACAUUUGACGUCCAUAGGAAAAAGCUGAUAGCUUAACAGCAGUACCUCUCCAAAGUCGAAGAGAGAGGACUUCGAGCGACUGUUGUGUAUUAGUCGUAGACGAGGUGGGACAUUUUCGCGUACGAGAUGCAGCUUAUAUAUAUAUAUAUAUAUAUAUAUAUAUAUAUAUAUAUAUAUAUAUACAUAUAUAUACAUAUAUAUGUCUCGUAGGUAACAACAAGAAAAUAUAUGCAGCCUGCUAUUUUUUUUUCUUGAUUUGAGGAAAAUGUAUUGUUCAGGUUUUCCUGACAAUCUUACAAUACGUUUUUAGGAAAGUCCGAAAUAUAAGUAACCCGAAAAAAUAAACUAAACGUAGAUAAACUUGAAGGGCGUGUAAAAUGCUCUACGUCCUUUUAAUGCCGUUGCUACCAGUACAUGCUAUAUUGACAAACGGCAAUGUUAACCAUAUUCAAUCGUCAAUAAAUUGCGCUGGUAAUUCCAGCAGGAGAAAUGUUUAUUAAAAAAAUGUUUUUCGCUUAAACGACUUAGCCGUUUUUCAUAAAAACGCAUAGUGCGACAUAUACGCCUCGCUCAGGAAAAACAAUCUAUCAAUUUACAUACAUAUACAGACGCGUGCAAUGAUGCUAGAAUAAAACUUAACCUUCCUUCCGAGUUUACCAAAAUUAAAGAAAACGAUAUAAUGAGCAUUGACUAUGCUUGACUGGUAGCUACAAUCAAUCCAUUACUAAACAAUAAAUGUUUGCCUUCGUUAGAGAAGGUUUCCUAAAAAAACGUGCAUUUUUAUUUGGGCUCGUAAUAGAAAUUGUGAUAAUACUAGUUCCAACGGUGGUAAUACCGGGCCCCUGGUAGUAUUACUGGUACCGAUGAUACCAAUAAAUCUAACAGAUAUUUAGUGGUCUGUACUAAAAACCGGGAGUAGAUACAUGUUGGUUCAUACGAGGUUCCAGCUGUCUGAUGGAAUGCCUAAUAGCGGUACCGCACAUCAAACUCAAAACAUUUGAUGACAGUUUCAACUGGAAGGCUAGUAAAAAAAAAACUCAAACGAAUUGAUGAUGGGCAUGAGUGACGUAAAUGACUGAUUAGGAAUGACUGAAUGCUUGCCUGACUGAUGUAACCUUGCGUAUUUGUGUUGAUCCUGCCUUUUUUGUUCUUUUUUUUUUCAUUAUAUAUGAAUCUGUUUUGCCUACGUUUGUUUGUUGUGACACGUUGAUGGAUACGAUGCAACUCUAUAAUCUAUGUCUGGCUAGUUGGUAUAUCUAAUCGAAUAUCGAUCGCUAAUGUACGAACUUGUCUUUUUUUUUUUAUUCCCUUCCCGCAUGCCGACUGUUCGGAAUAACCACACCGGUGUCCUGCACCCGCCACCACCUGCCCAUCGACGUGCAUCACGCAAUCGCUCGCGUUCUAUCCCCUUUGGAUUCGUGUGAUCGUCUUUGUAUUUUCUUCUCUCAAAUGUUUUUGUUCGCAAUUAUUUCUCGUUAUUUAAUUGGUCGCACUAAAAAAAUCGAUUUUUCUAUGGAUAAUUUUAUUUAAUUGAUUAACGGUGACACUGACCCUCGCUGUCAAAAACCACGACCCGCUGUUACACGACGUCCUGCUCCACACCCACCUAACCAACUACGCCUUUUAUCACGUCUCCUGCCUGUCUCAUUUAUUGCACCACAUAUUGUGGCAUAUCGUUUGUUACAUGGCGAAAUUACGGACUAUAUGCCCAAUAUUCACUGCUUAAUUUCCCUCAAAUGCGCUAAAAUCAAAAUAAACACGCUCCACCUUUUGCCGGUGUAUGACAUAAAUCGAACUUCACGCUCUCCUCUUGCACCGAUCAUAUCUUUGUCGAUACCGGGGGCCAUCAUCGGUCACCAUAUGGAUUUCCUGUCGCCGAUCCUGAACUGAUGCGGAACAACAAUUCGUGCUGUUAUCACUUACGUGAU